AUGCUAACGGUAGACACUUUCUCUCUGGUGGAUGCUACCAUCGCCCAGCUGAGGCAUGCCCUUGAUGGCGGGUCCUUGACGAGCGUGGAACUCGUCACUCUUUACCUGCACCGCAUCGCCCAAUUCGACAUGCGAGGUCCGUCUCUCAACUCGAUCUGCAUCUUGAGCCCGCGAGCCCUACAAGAAGCGCAGGCUUCCGAUGAUUACCGCGCCACUGCUGGUCACAAGGCUCGUCCUCUAGAGGGCAUACCGUUCACCGUCAAGGAUAGCUUCAAGGUCAAGGGCAUGACGGUGGCCGCGGGAUCUCCUGCUUUUGCUCAUCUCAUGGCCCCAGACGAUGCAGCUAUCGUUGAAAGGCUUCGAGAGGCAGGUGCCAUCGUUCUAGGCCGCACAAACAUGCCACCUAUGGCCGAUGGCGGUCCGCAGCGUGGCCUAUACGGUAGAUCCGAGAGCCCGUACAGUACCAUAUAUGGCACAACAGCCUACGCUUCUGGGUCCUCAAAUGGCAGCGGCACUUCGACAACGGCCUCACUCGCAGCCUUUGGCUUUGCCGGAGAGACGGUUUCUUCCGGGCGUUCCUCAGCUUCCAGUAAUGCCCUGGUUGGCUACUCCCCAUCACGCGGCGUGAUCCCUAAUCGAGGGCAGUGGCCGCUAUAUCCAACAUGCGAUGUCAUUGUGCCACAUACAAGGACAGUCCCAGACUUGUUUGACGUGCUCAACAUCAUUGCAUUCGAUGAUGACAAGGCCUCGACAGGAAUCGAUUUCUGGCGAAAUCAGCCCUACGUCCCCAUCCCCAAAACUUCUCUAGUCCGACCUCUUAACUUCCACCAUCUCAAAGACCCUCAUGCUCUUCGAGGGAAAAGGAUUGGCGUGCCGCACCGGUUCCUUGGUAGGAGAGGAACAGAUCAUUCCAACAUCUGCGCCGACUCCGUCUUGGAGUUGUUCGAUCGAGCUUGCAGGGACCUACGGUCCUUGGGCGCGACUCUCAUCGAGGUGGACUUUCCACUCGUCGAACAGUAUACGAGACAGGACUUUGAAGGUCAAGGAAUCAAUGUGCCUGGACUUCCAGUCGAUUGGCCAAAUAUCGAACGAUGCGAGAUGAUUGCCAUAGCGUGGGAUGACUUCCUCAGAGCCAUCAACGACUCUGACAUGCCAAAUCUCACAUAUGCCGAUCCGAACAACAUCCAUCCCCAUAUCGCCCCCUUGGAUGAUCCAGUGGCAAUGUCUGAAUCUGAGAAUAUUGUUCGAUAUCCCGAUAUGAUUGAAACUGUCCGUACUCGGACCAACACGUUGGAGACCCUGCCUGGAUGCGAGGAGGCUGUCAAAGCUCUUGAGAAGAUGCGAAAGACCUUGUACGACGAUUGGAUGGAAGCUUGUGACCUGGAUCUAUUGGCCUUCCCGACUAACGGCGACGUUCCUUUUGCAAACGCCGAUGAGGAUCUAAACUCGAUGCGUCACGCCCUCCAGGAUGGUAUCAAGUAUGCCAAUGGCACACAGGCCCUGAAACAUCUUGGCGUACCCUGCAUCACCGUCCCCAUGGGAGAGAUGAAGGAUAAAGCGAUGCCCGUGGGCAUCACCUUCGCCACAAAGGCUUGGACAGACCAAGAUCUGCUCCGGUUCGCAUUUGCAUACGAAAACGCCUUUGCACGGAGAACCCUUCCGCCAAGGGCUCCAGAGCUUCCAACUGACCAGAUCCCCCUAAUGGGAAGGGUAUUGACGACGCUGAAACCCAAAUUGUCGAUUGAGCAAAUCACAUCCAGGCCAGUCGAGGAUGACCACUCUGAGAUACGGUCCGUGUCGGUUCAAGGCACAGUCACCUUGGAGGAUCCCGAGGUGCAAAUCUCUUCGUUCAUUGUCUUCGUUGACGGAAAAGCUUCUGGGAGUGUGCCGGUUGAAGCUGGGAUGUGGUCAUUGGACCUUGAGCUUAGCAGAAGAAAGACAAAGGAUAAGUAUCCAACCUUGGCUAAGGUCCCCAAGGACUAUUUCAUGUUGACAUUCGUGGCCAAGGCUUCAAAUGGUCGAUGCGCAGCGGAGAUGGUUCUCGUCGAUUAA